AUGGGUUUGGAUAAGCGCCAGUUACUGGAAACUUCGCUAUUUGAUUUGGAGCAAAUUGUAACCGUGCAGUACUUAAGUAGACAUGCUGACUUACCAGUCGAUGAUGCAAAAGGUGAAUUAGCUGAAUUUCUGAAGCAGAAUAAAAAUAGGACGGAAUUACAUUCAGUGUAUGUUAUAAGUGGUGAACUCAUUAUACCAAAUCCUGCUAGUGGUUGUACUACAAGUGAUAUAGCAGCCACUCGUAAGAUUCAUCGGACGCAAUUGGUUCGUGAUUGUGAUUUAGAAGUAACACGACAAGUCUAUAGAAAGGUGGAAACAUGCGAAAUUUAUUGUUUACACACGAAACCCAUCAAGAGUCUUUGUUUGUUGUAUUCCGUAGAUAGCUUGGAAGAUGAUGAAUAUGAACGAACUGAUCCUGGACGGAGCUGGCUAUUAUAUCCAGAAACAGAAGCAAAGGCAAAAGAUAUUUUAACACAUUAUGGCGCUAUUUCUGUGCCUGCAACUCAGAAAAAAAGGAAACAGAAGUUAUCCGUAUCAAAGCUUCCAGAACCGAUGGCCAAAAAGGCAAAGGAUAAUAUAACUUCUUUGUUUCAACAAGCAGCAAAGCAAAAUAAACAAGAAGGAACGGAACAAGAAGAUUUUAUCAAAAAAGCUGGUAUCAUGUCAGGCGAAGCAAUAAAGCACCGUGGACAACGUAUCUUCAUUAACAGUAAAGAAGAAGAUAUGGAAGAAGAACCUAAGUCAUCGGAAAUAACUGGUAUAAAAAAUGUCAUGGCGAAGUCAGGAGAAAUAACAACUUCGAAAAAGAAUCAUGUCGUUGUAGAAACGAGGAACACAUUCUUAACCCGAGAUGAUUUAUUUUCUGAUAGCGAUUCUAACCCAGACGGAAUGAAUUGUGAUGAAACCAGAAAAAUGGAAAUUACGAAAGAAAGAAGAGAUCCAAAAAAAGUGCUCCAUUUUUCAAAGCGUGAAAGUUUGGAAAACGAAAGUUACGGAAGCCAGAGGAAAGUGAUACGAAAGGAAUAUGCCACGGAAACUUUUCUGGAUGUUGAUGGUUUCAUGGUUACAAAGCAAGUGUUGAAAGAAAUCGAACUUGAACCGUCAUCGGCUAAUACGUGUACUCAAACACAUGGUAAAACAGAGAAUGCUAUACAUCUGGAUAGUAAGGAGCGGAGAAGCGCCGCUAAAGUACCGCAGGGACAAGCUAAAAUCAGUUCGUAUUUCCAGAGAAAGUGA